AUGGCCAUGGCCAUAUCUACGAGCGAAGACAUAGUCGCUAUUCUGGCUGAAGACUCCCUACACAUAUACAGGCGACAUAAACAAAGGGGCUCUACGACACGAAGAAUCGAGUAUACGACAACACUUUCCGGAAGUUUUGCAAUGUGCAGAUUGGCGAGGAUUGUGUUUUCCGAAGACAGCAGAUUCCUGGCAGCUAUACGAAGCGAUACGCAGAUAGAGGUUUGGGACAUGAACUUGAGUAAAAGCACCUCCCUAUUCAAGUUUGAUGUUGCAGUCAAAAAGUUCACAGCACUAGUAUUUAACCCCGACAGCACCUUCUUAGCCGCAAGCAUUAUUGAAGAGAGUGGGAAAAUCCAAACCCGAAUUUGGAAAGUUGAUUCUACCAACAAGACGCUGCCGUGCGGCUGGGACCGUGGUAACACGGCCCUGGUUUCCUCUGUCCAAUUUUCAAAUGAUGGCCAGUGGCUUGCGGUAAGGUUUUCCACCUUGCGUGCUGAGUUGUGGCGCAGUUCAGGGGAGCCUCAAGACUCUUUUCUAGAUGGGGAGAAUGACGAGAUAAUAGACCUGGCAUUUUCAUGGGAUAGCACCAAGCUUGGUUACGGUACAAAGGAUGGCAAGGUCAAAGUCUUUGACAUGUCUUCCAACCGUACCAAACAUCUAUACGAUACUUUUUCUAGGGCAGAAAAGGCUCAAGCUUUGUCCUUUUCCAGAGACGAUACGCUUCUUGCUGCCAGGAUAUCUGAUUCAAUCCGAAUAUAUAAUAUACAAACUGGCCUUUAUCACGAUCUACAGAUACCCGGGAGCGACUUUAGCAAAUCUCCGACGUUUCCAGAGCCCAAUUAUUGCAAUAUAUCUGUCUUCAAAAACUGGACUGUUGUAGCUGAGCAACAGGGUCGCAUAUAUCUUUGGGACGCUGGCAAAGUUGUCAAAGUGUUUUUCCUCGACGAUAUCUUGACUCCCGUGAGGGGAUGA